CCAGAGGCGUUGAUAGCAUCUCCAAAACUCUCUUUCUAUCUCUCUCGUCACUAUACAGCGAUUCGGUUUCCAUUGUCUCGGCUUUGAUCUGUAUGAGAGCGGAGCACGAUAAUCAUCCAUUGGCAAUCAAAUUCAAGCAACAAUUCCUGGCGAGAAUGUCGAAGCAGCUCGCAGCUCUGUUCGCCAUUGCAGCCCUUCUUACAAUGUCCGUUCUGUUGUCUUCCCAAGCUCGUCCAAUAACCACAUUCAGCGCCAAUUCUGUCGAAAUCGCGCAUCCGGAUUCGAAAGAUCGGGUUCAUGAAGACGGAUGCGAUGAACGAGCGGAAGAUCAGGACUGCCUGAAUAGAAGAACAUUAGAGGCUCAUACCGAUUAUAUCUAUUCAGGUGAGACCAAGCCAACAUCUUUUGUGCAAGACAUGGGAGUGAAGCUCUACCUGAUUCUCCUCCUCAUCCUCCCUGUAGCGGUGGUGCCUCAUUCCGGAACCAUCAACAACAUCGCCGUUUCAUCCUCCGGCGGCACCUUAUCCAGAGAAUUGAGCCCACGAAACCUGAUGGGCCGUAGUCUGGUUCAAAAGGGGAAGUAUCUGAGCUACGCGGCGCUGAAGAUGAACAGUCUCCAAAUCAUCGAAAAGGGAAGGGAGAGAGAAGCCAAUAGCAAUUCGGUUUCCAUUCCCUUCUCCACAGUCUGUACAAGAAAGAACGAUAAUCAAUUGACAAUGACGAAGCUCGCAGCUCUCUUCACCAUUGUCGCACUUGUUCUUACAAUGUCCCUUCUAACCUCUUCCGAAGCUCGUCCGACCAUCGCCACUUCCGUCAAAAUCGUCAAUCCGGAUCCUGAAGAAACGGUUAAUGGAGACAUAUGUGAUGAACAAAACCCGGAUGAAGACUGCCUCUUCCGAAGAACACUAACGGCUCAUACUGAUUAUAUUUAUACGGAAACCAAGCCGAAGCGGGAGUGAACCUGGCGAUUCAACCCGGUUGCGGUGUGCACGGUGCAGUUGCCUUAACAAGAAUGACUUGGGAAUUGUGGCUGUUUUACCCCUUAAGUCAAUUGAUUAUUUCAGGAUAUAUAUUAUAACAUCCUCGUUUGAUGUUAGUAUUUAUUCACCUGAAAAAGGUUCUUGCUUUGCAGCAAAAUAUUAAUAAAUAAAUUCCUUCUUUAUCUA